AUGGAUAAAGAAUUGCUUAUUGCUGCGGUGUUUGAAAGAACAGCUAUUUGGAACAAGAGGGAUAAGCUACAUAGCAAUCGCAAUGUGGUUGACAGAUACUGGAAGGAAAUAAGCAUUGAAAUAAAACAGGAUGAGGCCAAGAUCAGAAAGCAAUGGAAGUAUUUGCGGGACCAGUUCUCCGUUGAAUUAGGAAAACUCCCCCCGCCAAGGUCUGGAGACGCUGCCGAAGAUCUUCCUACAUCCAAAUGGCCGUAUUUCACACAACUUCUUUUCCUAAAGGACGUGAUCAAACCGAGGGCAGCCAGCGGCAAUUUAUCGAUGAUGCAGUCAGCUCAGUCCACACAGGAGACAGAAGAAAUUCAAUCUUCGAACGAGAAUAGCGAUAAUGAAGAGUCUUCUCGAGAAAGUGAAGGUUGCGUGGUACCGCCUACUCCUAUUUCAAGGAAAACGAAUCCUACCUCAGCAUCCAUUACGGCACAGAGAAAAAGGAGAACUGCUACCGAUGCAUAUCAAGAAUCAAUGCUGGAAAUAGAAAAACGCAAAGUGGAAUAUCUCGAAAAUAAGGCCAAAAGAGGUUGCAAUGAUCAAGAUGACGAGCAUAUGUCAUUUUUCAAAAGUUUGCUUCCACAUAGAGAUGCAGUGGGGGAUUCAAAAUGGAAGAGAGGGGGAGGCUGCUGCAUCAAUGCUAAGAAAAGAAGGAAUGAUUUUGUGGUAACUAGCGAGCAGGGUGUCAUCGGCAGAGUUACCACAAGCGAGAUUUUACUUACGACGAAGGCUCAAGGCCAACACCUGUGGGUACCGUUGGGCUAUAGGGGAUACAGGUACGGCAGCGGAAGCGUAUUACGGAUAUUAGAAAGUGGAAAUCUGUGCGGAAUUAAUAACAUUUCCGAAUUAGUAGGUGGUACUUUCAAAACACCCAGUGCGACAAAAAUUGCUUGGAGUGAUUGA